AUGGCGACAUACUAGAUGGUUAUGGCGAAUAUUACAGCAAUUCGAUGUACUCGGGCGGGUCGCUAUGCCCCUCUCUCAGCACUGAUCAUUACGCAUGGCGCACACCCAAGAGUAGAGAAAUCAAUCCGUAGUUAUGAAUGAAAGGGAAUUAUGAGUGAAGAAAAGAAGAUCAAGUCUGUAGCCGUAGUCGGUGCCGGCGCUGCCGGAGCAAUUACGGCUGCAGCUUUGAAGGCUGAGAAUUACUUCGAGCGAAUCCGAGUCUUCGACAGACGGGAGACGCCCGGCGGAACAUGGAUAUUCGACUCAGACCCUCAGCCGGCGCUUAAGGUCCAGCCGGGGAAGUUACCUCCGGACGUCGAUCCACCUCUAGAGAUCCCCCCAAAUCUACCCCAGGUCACAACUCCUGAUCGGCGAGAAAGGUUCUCGCAGACGCCUAUCUACAAUUCUUUAACGACCAACGUCCCGGACAUCGCAAUGUCCUUCUCAGACCGGCGAUUUGCCUACGGGCCCUUCGCACCGCACUACAUCCCGCGGCAAUACCUCGAGAGCUACUUCUCCGCCCACGGGACCGACAAGUUGCUAAGUCUCAAUACCACCGUCGAGGACGUGACCAAACUCCCAGCUACUGUCUCAGGUGGGCUUGAGCGAUGGAAACUGACGCUGCGGAAGUACGACCCAGCGCGUCACGUGGACGCAUGGUGGGAGGAAGAAUUCGACGCUGUGAUCUUGGCGAACGGGCACUACUCCGUGCCCUACGUGCCGCACGUCGACGGUCUAGAAGCCUACAUCGCCGCCUACCCCGGGCGCGUUCUGCAUUCCAAGUACUACCGCACCCCGCUCCCAUAUACCAACAAAAAGGUCCUCGUAAUCGGCAACUCGGCCUCAGGCCACGACCUAACCGCCGAGCUCGUCAGCACAGCCACCCUCCCCGUGCUCCAAUCCCGGCGUUCUGCGUCGCGUUGGGAUGGAGACGUGCCUCCCCCAGGUAUUCGCUGGAAGCCCGUAAUCCAAUCCUAUUCCGCCAGCACAGGCGAAAUCCACUUCUCCGACGGAACCACGCUAUCGGAAUCAGACAUCGACCACGUGAUCUACGCCACGGGAUACAAGCCCUCCUUCCCAUUCUGGAACUCCGCGCGAAACGGAGGUCCGUUAUUUGAUUACGCGGCAAAUAAGCUGGUGGGGAAUUACCUGCACACCUUCAUUCGCGCGCAUCCGACGCUGGCGAUAGUGGGGAUUCCCCGCGUUCUGACGUUCCGGUCUUUCGAGUACCAGGCUGUGGCACUGGCUCGUCUGUUUUCCGCACGGAAUACGGGGGUUUUGCCGUCUGUGAGUGAGCAGGAGAGGUGGGAAAGGGAGCGGGAGGAGAGGACGCGGCGCGAAAGGAGGAAGUUCCAUGAUGUGGAUUGGGAGUCUGGGGAGACGUUGGCGUGGCUGGGGGCGUUAUUUGAUAUUGCGGGCUUGGGCACGUUGCGCGGCGAGGGGCGGAUACCGCCUGCGUUGACAGAGGAGGUGAUUUGGGCUAUUGAACAUGUUAGGAAGUAUCCUGAGCCAGGGAAGGGGAAGGAAAAGGAGAAAGAAACAGAAGUUCCAAGCAAGGAUAAGCAGGAAAAUGGUAAGGAGCGUCGGGAUGGUGAAUGGGUGCUAGUUGAGAGGCAACGUAAGGAUUUGCUUGCGUUUAUAUAGACGAGGUAACUAUCUAGAGUCUAAGUAGUUGGAUCAAACCCCCUAAAUUGUAUGUUUUUGGUAUCCAUGUCUAGUCGUCCUAAUUUUCGUAUCGUAUCUACCUAAGUAAUUCGAUGUUAUGACCCAAUAAGAAAGUUGUAACAUUCUGGCCUUGAUAGGCUACAGU